ACGAAAGCGUGUUGACUGUAGAUUGUAGAGGACGACUCCCGCUCAAUUUCCGUAAUUCAAUUUGAAGCGCGCCAAUCUGCAGAAAGGAAAAUCGAAAAUGUCGUCUUUUUAGACCACUGGAGUGGCAUCGCGACUCGGGACAGCCCGGCCCGGACCGAACCGAACCGACAAGUGUUUUGCAGCCUGCCGAGACCUGAAAGAGGGUAGACUAAGAGAUGUUUGGAAAAAUCAGACCAUCUUCGUCGCUGGAAACGUUGGAGGGAUCGCCGCCAUCCAAGAUUCUCAAAGAUGACUCUUUCUCCAUUUACGAGGCUACCCUCAUGAAGCUAAAAUUGGGUGCUCAACGUGAUACAAGUGCAUUCUCCAAAGAAUCGGAUGAAAUUAUGAUAGAUGAUUCUGCAAUUAGUUCAUCCUGCGUUGAGGGAACAAAUGUAGUGUCGACCCGCAUUUCAGCAAGCGCUUCAAGUUCUCAUCACGCACCAAAUUUAGCUGGUGCUGGCUCUAUGAUGACAGUAAGUGAUUGUUCUUCUAUAAGUACAUCGCCUGGUAGGGAUCAAUUUUCCACAGGGACCUCCGAACAGCCGAGACAGAGUAAUAUUUCAAUCAUUCAUUUCUUUUCGAAAGUCAAGGAUUCUAGACGCAUUGGUGGCAUUGAUUCAUCCCGCGGGGAGUCAGUAUCUACCGAAAAUGAUCGCCCUGCCUCUGCAUCAAGUUCUAGUGAACAUAACUACCGAAGUGAGACGGAAAGUAUUCAAUCUUCACCUGUCUGAAUUGAUAGAAUAAAUUUGGGUCCAUCUCUACAUGACCUGAACACGAUGGAAUGGUUGAUUACAACAAGAGUGAGGCCCAUGUACUAUUUCAAUUUAUGUAUUAUUUCAAAUACAAUUAAGAAAAUUGGUUGUCACAAAUUUUGAAAGCGAAGUAUUACGAUUUCUUGCUAA